AUGUGCCGACUAACAGCCAUCAUUACCAGGGGGGACCCAAUUCUCCUCGCAGAUAUUCUUACAAGGCCCCGAAGAAGCAUCAUUCAACAGUCGUUCAACUGUCAGGAGCGCCUGCCUCAAAGCGAUAUUCGGAGCGCGUAUCAGAAGGCCUCACUCAACGGCGAUGGCUUUGGAGUCGGCUGGUAUGUUACCGACCGUGCUGAACGUGCCCGCUCAGCCGAAAACCUGUGCCUCCUACGAAGCUGCGGUGAGAGUCGCGACAGCGCUAUAGGGGCAACAGUACCCGAUCGUGACACCAGAGCAAAGGACAAUGGGGCCUCAUUGGAUGACGGAGGAGCAUGUGUAUUUACCUCCUUGAAGCCUGCAUGGGCAGACAGGAACCUCUACAACCUUGCCGAAAAGAUUUCAAGCCGCCUGUUUUUCGCUCAUGUUCGAGCGGCAAGCAGCACCCUCGGCGUGUCACAAUGCACAACAUGCACUGGUGGACUGCCUCCCUGGGCAGUAGCGAACGGCAGUGUUAGCACCGAGCUCUGCUGCCAUCCGUUCCGCUGUGGACGCUUCCUUUUCAUGCACAAUGGCAGCGUCGGUGGCUUCAACCAAAUUCGUCGCGACCUUCUGAGUCUUCUGCCCGAUCCCAUGUUUUCCUUUGCAAUAACCAACAGCUGUAUCGACAGCGCGUGUCUGUUCGCGGUCUUUCUGGCACUGCUGCCCAACAUGCCCACAGAGCCCUCAAGCCAUUCCGCCAUGAAGGAGGCCGUGGAACGCAUGAUUUCCGCGAUCUGCUGGUUCCUUGACAAGGAAAAGAUAGAGGAAACGACGCUGAUCAACAUCGUUGUGUCGGAUGGGGAAAGCAUUGUAGCCACCAGAUUCGUAACGAACGCUCAAGAAGUGGCCUACGAAUCGGGGAAGUCGUCUACUGUGCCGAGUUUCACGGGAGAAACCAGCCCUGCGAUGCCAGCAAGCCUCUACUUCGCCACGGGGACGGCCUGGCAGCAGCAGGAGGAGACUUUGGGGGAGUUCCGCAUGACUCAUAGAGAUAAGAGGACGGAUAUUUGCAUCGUCACCAGCGAGCCGCUGACUUCGAAUCCGGAGGACUGGAUGCCUGUGCCCCGCAACACCAUGAUUCUGAUAACGCCGUCCAUCGACUUACUACUCUAUCCGAUUGCAAGCGUCGGCUAUUUGCCCCCCCUGUUGCGGCGACGUCGGAGGUCGAUCUCUGCGGUGUUCCCUGCGGAUAGCUGCGGGUCCUUCGACAAACAGCUCAGCCUGCGGUCGAGCCUAGCAGCUUCCCUCGCGAGUCGACUGGAGGGGGAGUUCAGCUCCUUGCAGGAGAUGCUAUUGGGAACUCCUAGUGCGGUCCAUGCGAUUUCGGAGGCGCUGCCAGUGAAAAUGCUGCUUUCCUUGAAAUCGGUUUUCCGCCAGAUUGCCGCGGAGGGGCAGUCUUACGAAGGGGGGGCUGGCGAAGAGGGAGGAGUGAAGGCUUGGAACGCACUAGAAAUGCGGCUAAACGCCUUCGAGCAACAGUUGCGUGCAGCGCAAGCACAGGGGCGGGGGGGGUCCGAAACUGAAGGCAGUCCUCAUCUUCGCAGUGUACCUGCCUCGCCCCCAGGGAUGCCCUCUCUUCCAGCUACAAGCUUGCAGCAAGCAGCAGCCUUCUCGUCGGACAGCGUGGGAAGCAGUCAGCAGUGCUACGAGCUGAUUGCGGGCACCUGUGCAAUCUUGUGUCUGGAAUCCAUAAUGGUGCAUGUCGCCAAACGGGGUGGCGGGCAGCGGGAAGCGUCUCUUUGGGGGGAGCAGUCCCCGCCAUCGCUGCCUGUGGCAGCGAAGUCCUUUGUUUUCGCGGGUAUGCAGAGCGGCGACGUUGUCGUGUACGAUGCAAUCAGCUCGUCUGUGGCGCCCAUAUCCUUCCACGCACACGUGGGAGGCGUGCUAGCCAUGGCCGUCCACGUCUACACAUGGACAGCAGGAUCUGUGCGCUCAGCACGCACCGUUCCGUGUGCAAGCUGCGGCGCAGCCCUGCCCGAAGUGUUUCUGGUGACGGGAGGCAGUGACACGUCUUUAGCCGUGUGGGAUCUCUCGCCCCUCCUUUUUGGAGGUCACGAGCCUCGCCUUCUGAGCGGCACACAGGUACUUCUUGACGGUCCAAGAGUGUCUAUUGCACCCGAAGACUUGCUGGCCGUCCGUCUCACGUUUCUUCCUCACCAAGGCGAUGUGCUCUCCCUGCUGGUCAAGCGUGUCUCCGAGGGUGCGGCGCGGGAGACAAGCUGCAGCAUGCACGACCCCUUUACCCGAGUCUGCACGAUUAGCGCCUGCGACGCCUGCGUUCCUGGGGUUCGCGCAGCGAUGCGGCUCGAGGGAGGAGCCAGCGGAGCGAACGAGGACCUCUCCCCGUCCCCUAUAUCCACCUUUUGGAUGCCCAGUCUCCACAAGGUGCAGCCGAAUCCCUUCCUAGAGGACUCCGGGAAAAAGGUUCUCCUCUUUAUUGGCUUUCAAUCCACCAAGAUCGGCGCCAUGCGCCUCAGCGACUUGCUAAGGUACUUCCGUCACACCCAGGUGAUGGUCUCCGUGCUCGCGAAUGCAGUAUCCUUCCAGCCCACGCAGCAGCAGGCACUGCCCCUCCGCGUAUCCCGAGACUUCGAGCUAAAGACUCUCGCUUCGGGGCAGCUCAGAGUCAUGUUUUCCGGCGAGCAGGAACGGGAGUCUCUGCGCUCCCUCUUCACCCGAGAACCGACGCAUCUGGCCGGACUGUCGCGCAGCGUUCCUCCUUCCCCCCCGAGCGACAGUACCUGUGCAGUCUCCCCUUUGGGGGCAGCCGGCUUGGCAGCUGAUGCCUCCUUCCGGUCGUUGCUCUCCACUUUCGCGCGCAAUCUUCGGAAUGUCACGCUGCAUGCGUCGCACUCGGCAACGACUUUCUGGCCCGCCAAAAGCGGCCACUCCUCAGGGCGCCUCAGGUGUCUCUACCCCCCAACGGGCACCAUCUACUAUUUCGAGGCUCCCCACGAGCUCGAAGUCCCUCUGCCAGAAGGCGCUGCAGCCUCGGCAUCUCCAGGCACGUACAGAGUAGUGAGCAGCACCUCCAGUCUGAAGAUCGUGGCGCAACCCUCUCAAGAAAACGGAGAAAGACUCAAGAUCGAGAUGCGGUUUCUGCCGCUCGAGCAGUCCGGCGUGAAGCGUCAGACGUCGCACCAGUCCUUAGUGGGGCCUUGGCUAGACGAGAGUGGUCACAACGGCUUUGUGGAGUGCCUCACAAGCUGCGGCAAGGUUAUUUGCAGCGGCGGAGGUGACGGCCGACUCCUCCUAUGGAGCGAAAGCGGUCGUCUCGUGGGCGAGCUGUCUGGACACCACGGAGGGGUGCUCUGCGUCGCAUACACAGAGGCAUCCGUGGACGCUCUCUGCAAGGAUCUGAGUGGCGGGGAACCGAGGGAACGAUUGCAGGAUGGCCCCCCUUCGCAGGCGGAUGCUCCCCAGAGCACUGAUGAGGAGUCUCAGUGUCUCCAAGGACUGCUGUUCAGCGGCAGCCGAGACACCAGCAUUCGUGUGUGGGCUCUCGAGCAGCUGGUGUGCAUGCAAACCCUGAAUGCGCACACCUCGGAGGUCCUGGCUCUUGCUGCCGACGCCUCCCGCAACAUACUCAUUAGCGGCUCUGCGAACGGCGAGCUGUUCGUGUGGCAGCUGGACCUGCUGGUAGUGGCCUUCCGCCUUAGUCUGAAUGUAUCGCCGUCUUUCGACGCGGACAGAGGAUAUUUCUCCACACCUAGCGAAGCUCGGAACGCGCUCAUUCACGGGGGUUCCUCCGGCAGCCAGCAGGCAGGCGUAUCUUUCACAGAUCUGUUGCUCGUGUCCGACGCGUCCAUGCUGGACGUUGAAGACGACCACGAGACUCCCGCAAUAUCGCCUCGAGCUAGCAAGCCGCAAAGAAGCACAAUACGCGGAGGUCUUCAGCUGUGGGCAGGGCGGGGAGACGGCAAACUGGGAGUCUGGACCCUAAACGAGACAGAUGUGCUCGAGGACGCGUCUGUGGGAGAGCUCGAGGAGCCGUUUUUCCACCCUAAGGGCACGGCAGGCUUCGCCAAGGGUGGCCUCUCCGAAGGAUUGCUGUCCGAAUGUGAAGGGGCACCUGCGACAGACGCAAGUGAGCGUUUGCUGCGUGCAGACAGGCGCAAGGGACAGCCCAGUGAGGGUGCAGGGACGCUUGCUCAGAUUGCAUCCUCAAAGGACGCGGUCGCACAGAUCCAACGUAGCCUUUCAAGUCGCAUCGGCAACAUGGUCAUCACCUCCGGAGCGUCCAUGCCCUCUUUGCCCUUACUCAAGAGUGCAACUGGACUGGAGCCGCGAAGGAGCGACUUUCUGUCUCUGCUUGGACACCUCGUGGCAUGCAAGUCGGUAUCCGCCUCGAAGAAUCCCCUGCACUUCAGCGGCUGUAUAGCGGCUGCAAAGUUUGUCGCCCAGCUGUUCGAGCAGGCACUAGGAGCCACCGUGGAAAUCGUAUGGCCCCGUCAAUCAGGUGUAACCUCCGAAUUUCACGGGGAUGAGGGUGCGAAUCGGCCGCAUCCUGUCGUGUUCGGACGCCUCGGCACGAAUCCACAACACCCCACCAUUGUGUUUUACUCGCAUUAUGACGUUGUAUCACCCGGAGAAAGCCCCGCCUUCGGUGCCUCGACCGCUGCAGAGUGUCCUGACACCCCGUCAUCGUCUCCCUUAGCCAGCUCCGGAUCUCCCUCCCCGAACCGCCCCGCUACAGACUUCUGGCGAGCUGCCACUGCGCCAUAUUUAGGCCCUCGGAGCAGCUGUGAAGCCUCAGGCACCACCGAGCAACUGAGACACCCUGCGCACCGCUCCAACAAACCACUUUCAGAGUGGAGUGGAACGGGGUGGCUCACAAAUCCGUGGAAGAUUCACUGCAAAGACGGCUACAUCUACGGGCGCGGAGUUACGGACAACAAAGGCCCCAUCAUUUGUUCACUCCUCGCGGUAAAGCACUUUAUUUCUGAAUGGAGACGCAAACACAAAGCUCGACAUGCUGCUCAUCAACAGCCUCAACCACGAGACACAGGGGACGCCGCUUCUGGCCAAGACCCCCUAACCGCCAGAAGUGCCCCUGCAGUGCCAUUCAACUUCGUUUGGAUCUGCGAAGGCGACGAAGAGAACGGUAGCAUAGGUCUGGCGGAUGCGGUGGCGCAAAAGGCCAGUUGGCUACAUGGAGCUCGUUUUCUCAUCUGCAACAACAGUUACUGGGCAGACGACACCACGCCCUGUCUUGUCUACGGCAUGCGCGGGGUGCUGGAUAUUCGCGUGGAAGCCACAAGCGGCUCCGACUUCAGCGGCUAUCACUCGGGGGUGCAUGGUGGCGUUGUGGAAGAACCCAUGCAGAGUCUGGUGCAUCUGCUGGGCUGCAUAGCGGACCCUGCCACUGGACGUGUGACGGUGCCUCGAUUCUACGACUCCGUGUUGCCUCCAGAUCCUACUGAGGUGAGCAGCCAAGCGGCGAUUCGGAGAAGCUGGUUAGAACCUUCCCUCUCGCUUCUGGGUAUCAACACCUCCUUGAAGGGGAAAUGCGCGCACGUCGGGGGGGCUAUGCGCGUCAUCCCUUCCACGGCUUGUGCCGAAAUCAGUCUGCGUCUCGUGCCACAGCAAAGUCCGAAGGAAGUAUUUGCUCUCGUCCGCAAUUACUUGGAGGAAUCGUUUGCGAAGAUUUCUUGCACGAGCAAGCUGACUGUGCAGUGCCUCCGACAAGGCCGCUCCUGGCGCGCGGACUUGGAGGCUCCACGAACGCGUGCGCUUUACGGAGCAGCGCAUGCAGCCAUUAAAGAGGUCUGGGGUGUAGACCCUCUGUACGUGCGGGAAGGCGGCUCUAUGCCUGCCAUUCCCUUCCUCGCUGACUCCCUGCGCAAACUUACAGGACCUCAUGGAUCCCAUGGGGGUCUUGAAGAAGUAGCUAUUUGUCAGCUGCCGUUUGGUCAGGCUAGCGAUAAUGCGCACUUGCCGAACGAGCGCCUGGGAAUCCGACAGGUUGAGAAGGGGGUCGAUGUGCUGGCUUGCACUCUGGAAUAUCUUGCGGCUCGACUGGCGGGGGAAGGUUCAUUAGCAUCUCCGUCUCCUAGGAUGUAUUAA